GAUCCGGGUCCGGAAAGAGGUGACCUGCCUGAUGAUUUCAAACCGGUCACUAUUUCGGAACAGUUCAUUCGACAUCCAAAUAUUGGCGUCGGUAAUGCAGGCGUCUACACGUGUAGAGGCAGCAACAGUCAGGCUUCUGCCAAAAAAGACAUUUAUAUCGAAGUUGUGGAACCAUCGAAAGUGGCAACUGUUACGGUUCUUGGCGGCUCAACUCAAUGGCUGGAGGCAGGCAAGGCAACGGACGUGGUGUGUACGGCCACUGGCAACGAACUUGUUGAUCGUGUGCAGUGGGUGAAGGUUGAUGGUGCGUUGCCGAGUACUGCCGAUGAGAAAGAACCUGGAAUAUUGCAUUUUUCAACAUUCAGGGUAAGCAAACCGUAG